AUGUCGUCGCGUCAGCCCAGGUUCAAUCAGCAGGCCCUCAUCGACACCACCCCUCUGCCCGACGACAUCCCCAAGGUCAAGGAGCUUGGAGCCAGUUCUGCGCCCCUCCUCAGUGCCUCCUUCUUCAUUGGCGCACGAUGCAAGGCCUACAAUGACGACUACAUGAUGUGCAAGACCGAGGCGAACGGUCGGGGAGAGCUGGAUUGCAUGAAGGAAGGCCGCAAGGUCACGAGGUGUGCAGCGAGCGUCAUCAAGGAUAUCAACGAGAACUGCCUCCAGGAGUUUCGCACCCACUGGCAAUGCUUGGAGAACCACAACCAGCAACUCUUUAACUGCCGGUCGGAAGAGCGAAAGAUGAACAAGUGUGUAUUUGAGAAGCUGAAACUAGAGAAGACCAUACCAGAUACGCCAAAAGGCGAGACACCCGUACAUUUGCGAACACGCAACAUUUUUGCGAGUCAUUAA